GAUUCUGCGAGCCUGCGCAGGCGAAAUGCACUUUGAGGACUUCGAAAGACAUGAAUGUACUGUAAACAGCAACAAGUUAGCCAGACGCCCCAGUGCGACACCUCGAGGCUAACACCGGUGAAUCCACCAUUAUUGUACUAGGUCAUGGGAGACUUGACAGGGCAUGAUGGAAAAACAUGGUCUCAGCUGACAAGCACCAUAUGCAGAGCAGCAGCAGUAGCGUGCGGCUGAGUUGUUGAUAUCAUGUUCGCGUUGUCUUCCUGGGGUCUUGGGGCCGUACGCCUGUGUUCCUAAAAGCCAAAGCCAGGAGCAACACGUGGGUACCACCAACAUUAGCACGCAAACUAACUUUCACGUUUUUGAAACCCUCCUUUGGCAGAUGUCAUGCCAAUCUUCCGUUGGUGAGGGUCGAUGAUUUGCAUAUUGCAAACAUUUUGCUCAAGAUAGGACGUUUUUCUACACAGUAAUGCAAUGUGGUUGAUGUUGCACCAUGUUGCAGUGCACUUGUGGAAGUAGACAAAUAUCACCGGGUAAUAGGCAUUUCUCACGUCCAGGCUCAUUACAGUUUAUUGGGGAUUGUGGAAAGGCAUGUGGUCAUGGGACAAACGAUUGUGCUACAUAAGGUCGUCUGCCCAUGCAAAGUUGAUGGUGGCAUGCCAGGGCGAAUUUUGUACGCCUCAAGACACAGACUUCAGAUCCUUAGGCUGCCACCAGAUGCUAAGGUCCUCCCUCUUGGGCAGUGACGAACCGCCUGGUUUCGACAGCCAUGUUUGGCAAACUUGCCGUGCACCUCAUUUCCAACCAGGCUUUGAAGUGAAGCUUCCUCGUCAUGAGCACUGGUACGACUUUGUUUCCUUCAAGAAAAAAAGGAGAGGCAACGAUAUGAACAAGUGUCUUUGUCCAGUGCUGGGUCAUUGUGUGCCCGGCUUUCAAUGCCCGCUGGGGGAGCACAUCGACAGCUCGAAGUGCUUCAAGACAGUCUCCGUGAAAUACCCUCCAGAUAGCGCGUACCAAAAUUGCAUGAAGAACAAGGAAGAGGAUCCAACGAAGAAAUGUCACUUGAAGAUCUUGGAAGAUCUGAAGAUACGGACUGGUGGUUGGAUGUUUUCUGGUGGUGAGGACCAUCCAAUUGCUUGGAAGGUGAAGGGCCUGGCCAAAGAUGCCGGAGUCAAACGAGGCUAUGAGCUCAUCGCCAUUGAUGGCAACCAAGCUGACUGGCGGGAGCCUGGCAUGAAGGCGUACUUGAAGGGCUUAAACUGGAACACCCCGCCGCGCAAUGCGGCGAUGGAAUGCGAACCUGGAGAUGGUUGCAAGACACCGAUCGUUUGCUAUAACAAGCCUCCUCCACCACCUCCACCUAUACCACCUCCUCUACCUCUUCCAGGCCUGGGUGAACCGGCCGCCCCCGUCUCCUUACAGCAGAUUGAGGCGCCUGUCCAGGAACCGGGAAUGCCAGCUUCCGGAGGACCAGGUCCCCCAGCCCUUGGACCAGGUCCCCCAGGCCUUGGACCAGGUCCGGCUGCACCUGUGGAGGCACCGCUGGAACCACCGGCACCACCACCAGUUCCUUGCUAUCCAAAUGGCCACAGCCUGACUUUCAAGGUCUCUGCUCCUGUGUGGAUGUUCUUUUCAGGGCCGAAGACCACCUGCAAACCUUUCCGCGAGACGUGCUGCUCAGAGGCUUCAACCAGGGGCAAGCCUGAGGACAUUUUUGUGGAAAGCUGCGCUUCCAAGGAGAUGUGCAAGCCACAAGAAAGCUGUGAUAAGAUGCCUGGAAGACCGGGCAUUUGCAAAUACCAGGUCACAGAGUUGAAGGGCGACUACGAUGAAGUGCAAGAAAAUGAGCAGAAGCAGGAAGAAGCUGCUGCCAAAUUAGAGGAGCAGGAACAGGAACAGGAGCAACAAGAAGAGGAAGAAGAGGGAGAAUGAGUCCAAAGACACCUGUGUGCUCAGGCGUUCAUAAUGAGUUG